UUUUUGCGUGCACUUUUGAAAACAAGUUAAUAGCGCCCUGCUAUCUAGAUAAUAUUUAUCGUUGGUUUAAUAAGUUGUAAUUCGGAUAAGAUAUAAAUACCGGAGGGUACUGAUAUAGUUAAAUUAUACUGCUUUGUUAUUCGUUUUCGAACCAGCGUCAAAAUGGCGAGUCGCUGGUUUAACCUCUUAUUGGGGGUCAUUUUACUCCAGUCUGUGCUGGCGUUUGGCCCAAUCGACGUCACGGAUGCCGAAUGGAUUGAAUACAUGGGGCUGAUUAAUAACCCCAAUUACCGGUUGCCAACUACCACUAGACCAUUACAUUACAAAGUUAGACUGCAACCAAAUUUAGACCAAGAUUUUGAGCUUAACGGUGAUGUCGAAAUAAACAUUAAAGUUGAAAGUGUGAAUCAACCAAUCAACGAAAUCAAACUUCACUGCCAGGAUAUGGUAAUCAACAGUUUGACCGUAACCUCAACUACAAAUACCGAAAACCUUGCUCAGGGCACUCAGUUUGUAUGCGAAGAAACUACUUCCUUUUUAACGAUUCCAACCACCACUCAGCUACCUAAUGGAAAUGAGUACAUCAUCAAGAUAUCAUUUGUUGGAAAGUUGCAAAGUGGUAUGAGAGGUUUCUACAGGAGUUGGUUCUUUGAUGAAAAUAAGCAGAAAAGAUGGAUGGCUACUACCCAAUUCCAGCCUGGCCAUGCUCGUCAAGCGUUCCCUUGCUACGAUGAACCUGGCUUCAAAGCCACAUUUGAUAUAAUAUUGGUUAGAGACGAUUCACUUAUUUCAUUAUCAAACAUGCCCAUAAAGGACACUAUACCAUCUACCUUAUAUCCCCAGAAAAAAGAGGACAUAUACUACACUACUCCUAUUAUGUCCACAUACUUACUGGCUUUCAUAGUAGCGGAUUACAAACGGAUCGAGUCUGGAACAAAUGUGAAUAGACCAUUCCAUAUCUAUGCUCGAGGUAACGUUGGAGAUACAGGCAAAUAUUCUUUGGAGGUCGGUGAAAAACUUUUGACGUUAAUGGAAUUGUAUACUCAAUACAAUUACUACACAAUGGCUCCCAACAUGGAAAUGAAGCAAGCUGCUAUUCCUGACUUUAGCGCCGGUGCUAUGGAAAACUGGGGCCUCUUAACCUACAGAGAAGCUCUCAUUCUGUACGAUCCUGAAAACAGCAACAAUUUUUACAAACAACGCAUAGCCAACAUUAUAUCUCACGAAAUUGCACAUAUGUGGUUCGGUAACCUCGUCACAUGCGCUUGGUGGGACACUCUUUGGUUAAACGAAGGUUUCGCUAGAUAUUACCAAUACUACAUGACGGACAAGGCUGAGCCACACAUGGGCUUUAAGACACGUUUCAUCGUAGAACAGCUGCAAGUGGCCAUGCUCUCAGACUCUUUCUCGAAUGCUCACGCACUUACUAACCCUGCAGUGUCUGAUCCAGAUUCUGUGAGUAACCACUUUUCAACCAUCACUUAUGCCAAAGGUGCCUCUAUACUUAGAAUGACAGAACAUCUGCUUGGUGGGGACACCUAUGAGAAGGGUCUUCGGGAAUAUUUAAAGAAAAGAGAAUUUAAUACCGCUGAACCAAAGGAUUUAUUCGAAAGCUUGGACGCUGCUGCUAAUGCUGACAAUUCUCUAGCUGAUUACGAUGAUAUGACAAUUGCGAAGUACUUCGCAUCGUGGUCUGAAAAAGCAGGGCACCCUCUAUUGACAGUUCAUGUAGAUCACGCUAGCGGCCGUAUGACCGUCGUCCAAACUCAAUUUGAUGUCAACAGUGGUGUGUCUUCGGACAAUGGUUUAUGGCACAUUCCUUUAACUUGGACUAGGGCUGGAAAUCCUGAAUUUGAAAAUCUUAAGCCUUCUGAAUUCAUGAGUGGCCCACUAAAAAUUAUUAACCGAGGAAGUACUGGCAGAGAAUGGGUUAUUUUCAACAAACAACAAUCUGGUUUCUACAGAGUAAACUACGACGCCACUACGUGGGCUCUUCUUACUCAAGCUUUGCGAAGUAACGAGAGGGAGGCCAUUCACGAAUACAACCGCGCUCAGAUUGUGGAUGACGUGUUCGUGUUAGCUAGAUCUAACAUCUUGUCCUAUACGCGAGCGUUGAACAUUCUUUCCUUCCUUGAAUUUGAAGACAAGUACGCUCCUUGGGUAGCUGCUAUUACUGGAUUCAACUUUGCGCUUCGGAGAUUGGCUCAUAAGACUGAAGAACAACAAAAACUGAAGGAUAUAAUCUUUAAAUCGAGUGCGGCGAUCAUCCAGCGUCUCGGUUACACCGAGGCGUCCAACGCCGAUCCUCUUUUCAUGGAUAACUUGCUCCGUAUGCAUCUCAUGACCUUCCUUUGUAACGCUGGACACGCGCAAUGCUCCCAAACAGGAAAAGAAUAUUUCAAGGCAUGGAGAGAGAGUGGGACAAGAAUUCCGCCAAACAUGCGUCCUUGGGUAUAUUGCGAAGGUCUUCGCACUGGAGAUUUAGCUGAUUUCGAUUAUUUCUGGAACCGUUAUGUGGAUGAAGAUUUAUCUAACGAGAAAGUCGUGAUGAUCGGUGCAGCUGGUUGCACAGGAAAUACAGCGGCCUUACACAAAUUCCUCAGUGUAAUCGUUGACCCAAAACCGACUGAACAAUCAACUGAACUAAUCAGACCUCAGGACUACAGCGCUGCUAUUAGUUCUGCUGUUACUAGCAACGAAUACAAUACUAUGAAAGUACUUGAGUGGCUUAAGGAUAAUCCUUCACAUCUUCAGAAUGGAAAUGGCGUAAGUCUUUUACGAUCUGCAGCAAGCCGAUUAUUGAAGGAGGCUGAUAUUCUUCAGGUUGAAAACUGGUUUAUUACUAUUACCUCAGAUGAAGCUAUACAAGCGAUUAAGGAUGGCUUUGCUACAUCAAGGAAUAACAUAAAAUGGUAUGAGAGUAGGGUAGGGGAGUUCAGUGAUUACUUCGAAACAGGAUAUUUUGACGAUUUGACUGGCGGAUCAGAAACACCUGAUCCUACUACCCCUGAACCUACUACCGCUGAACCUACUACGCCUGAACCAACUACCCCUGAACCUACUACCGCUGAACCUACUACCGCUGAACCUACUACCGAUGAAUCUACUCCCGCUGAACCUACUACCGCUGAACCUACUACCGCUGAACCCGAACCUGGCUCUGCGAAUAUCGCUUCUCUCAGUUUCUUCACUUUGCUAGUCACACUCAUCAUCAACAUGGUAUAAUAUAAGAACAUAUUAUUAAAGACUUUCAAUGAAAUUAACACCUAAGUAAGUGUAAACAGUGAACACUUUUGCCCAAGUUUGUUACUCAGUCAUAUUCAGUGGUUAUUUUUUAAUAAAGAUCAUAUAAUAAAUAAUUUGUAUUUUUUUAAUGUAGCUAUGUAUCAUAUUUUGGAUUAAUAUACAUGUUUAGACAUCAUCGA